AUGGACCAGUCCAUACCGUUAGCAGCACCGUUGAUUGCUGAAAAUCAAAAUGAGCAACGUCAAAAUAAGUUAUGGGAUAAUGAAAAUCGCAAGGUCAUGGAUAUGAUCAAGCGGCAAAACGCACAAGACUCCCUUGUUAUCAUUACCAGGAUGAAGGAAAUGGCUGAUUGUAUGCGCAAUGUGGAGACGCUUAUUAAUGAUCUGAUAAAAUCCCAACAGGAUAACUUUAAUCAGUUGUUUGCAAAUCAGAAAUCCCAGCAGGACAACUUUAAUCAGUUUACGACUAAAAUUACCGAGAUAAGCGAGCGUCAACAUAAUGACCAUGUCACUUUAUCGACCGCGCUAAUUUCCAUGCAAAUGGAGACUAAACGCUUCAUGAUGUUUACGUCCAUGAUGUUCAUUAUUAUUGCCCUGGUCCUUGGUUAUUUUCUGCGAAACUAA